UGAGACAUCUGACCUACUGGUAGGGCUAUCUUUUGUAUUAAAAUGUAUUAAUAAUCACACUUUAAUUACAUUAAUCUUAAUUAAUUGUAUUUAAUACUGUAUCAUUCAUCAAUUUAAAAAAAACCCCCAUUAUUUUGGACUAACACGGGUCAAAUUCAUCUAUUGUUCAUUCUGUAACUAUUGUUGUUGAGUGCAAUACAAAACCACUGUGUUGUAAAAUACAAAACAAUAUGUGACCAUGGACCACAAAACCAGUCAUAAGGGUCGGUUUUCAGAAAUUGAGCUGAAUAAAUAAGCUUUCCAUUGAUCGGACAAUAUUUGGCCGAUACACAACUAUUUGAAAAUCUGGAAUCUGAGGGUGCAAAAAAAUCGAAAUAUUGAGAAAAUCACCUUUAAAGUUGUCCAAAUGAAGUUCUUAGCAAUGCAUAUUAUUAAUCAAAAAUGAAGUUUUGAUAUAUUUACAGUAGGAAAUUUACAAAAAUUCAUGGAAUAUGAUCUUAAUGUCCUAAAGAUUUUUGAUUUGGAAAAAUCAAUCAUUUUGACCCAUACACUGUAUUUUUGGCUAUUGCUACAAAUAUACCCCAGCGACUUAAGACUGGUUUUGUGGUCCAGGGUUACAUAUGUAUUUUUAAAGAAUAUUUCAGAAUUCCAUUAAAUGACUGAACAAAGCCUUGAAAUGACAAAAUAUUGUUUAAAAUGUUCAGUGGCAUUUUUAAAUGUUAAUAAACAGUUGGAAUAUACAGUAUCAUCACAUUUCAUGCGAAUCGACUGCAUGCUAAGGUUUAAUUUUGUUCACGUAAUCUAUGCACCAAAACCACCAUGUAUGCACUAAAACCGCUUUACAGUCCUCCAGUGUUAUACAGGAAACCCUGCGCGCUACGAAAGUGAAAUUGCCCAACAGAACAGUCUCAACAGAUAAGUGGUGACCUGAAUGCUGCUCCAAACCAAACAUGCUGCUCAGAGAUACUUAUUCGAUAUUAAAUGCAUUCCAGCACAUGAAUAAUUGAUCAUUUGGAUAGUUAAGAUAUGUAGUAGAAUAUAGUGUUGCUAAAUGAGAAUGAAGCAUUUUAAGAAGGAGCUUGAUGACUUCUAGUGCAUUGUAUAUAUGGAUGAUUAUAAAUUAGCUACAACAAGGCGUGGACAUGGCAAAACAUACGUAACAACAUACUCAAAAAAUCAAUACAUCCCGCCUUUCUGUAAGGCUCUCAGCAACCUCAAAACAUCUUGCCUUAUCUUCCUCUCUGACACUGAGAGAGAGAGAGAGAGGGUUAUCGUGCUCAAGGAAUCAAGCUCAUUGAUACUGGAUACUUUAUCUAAUGGAUUAAAAACAGAAAUUAAUUGGCUUUAAUUUCUACUGUAUGACUAAGAAGACAUCACCAUGAGUAAAUCAAGAGACAGCAGCCCCACAUUCUUCCUGGAGACGGAUGACCUGACAGAGGAGGAAAGGUCAAAGGCCAAACAGAUGAAAAAAGGCACCUCAAAGGACAGGAGGCCUAUGGAUUCUAACUACUUGGAUGAGACAGAGGAGUCUGCACCCACAAUUAAAGUUAACCUACACUUUGACAGGGGAAUCAGAAAAGUGAAAGAGGAACCAGCUCAGCAGGACAGUGAGAGGUUUAACCUCAAGAGGCUUUUUGAUGCCGUGUCCAGUGGCGAUGUGUCUAAACUGCAGGGUUUACAUCAGUACCUGCACAAAAACAUGAAACGGCUCACCGACUCGCAAUAUAAGUCCAGUGGAAAGACAGCCCUGCUGAAAGCACUUUUAAACUUGAGGGAAGGCGAGAAUGACACUAUUGAACAUCUGCUGGAAAUUGCAGAGAAAUUGGGAGAUUUAAAUUUUUUUGUCAAUGCUGCUUACACAGACGGUUUCUACAAAGGUCAGACAGCACUCCAUGUUGCAAUUGAACGGAGGAGUGCAAAAUUUGUAAAGAUGCUGGUUAAAAAAGGGGCUGAUGUCCAUGCGAAAGCCUGUGGGAAAUUCUUUCAGCCCAAUCAAAAAACAAGCUUCUAUUUUGGUGAGCUGCCCUUGUCACUGGCCGCUUGCACUAAUCAGCAAGACAUUGUGGACUUUCUUAUGAACAACCCUUACCAGGCGGUGGAUGUCAGGAAGAAGGACUCUCAUGGAAACACGGUGCUUCACGCACUAGUAUCCAUAGCUGAUAACAGUCCUGAAAACACAAAGUUUGUCAUCGCCAUGUAUGACCACAUCUUAAUCAAAGCUGACCAACUUCACCCCAAGAUCAAGCUGGAGGACAUUAAAAAUAAUGAAGAACUCACCCCACUCACACUAGCUGCCAAAACAGGAAAACUGGGGAUGUUAAAGCACAUCUUGCAGCGGGAGUUUACGGGGCGGCGCCAUCUGUCACGGAAGAUCACGGAGUGGGCCUACGGUCCAGUGUGCUCGUCUCUGUAUGACCUCGGCUCUCUCGACACCUACGACAAGAACUCUGCGCUGGAGAUAAUCGUUUAUGGCAGUGAGAUUCCUAAUCGCCUCGAGAUGCUCCAUAUUGAGCCAUUAAGCCGACUAAUUGAAGAGAAGUGGGAGAAAUUUGCCAAACCGAUGUUCAUGUUCAACUUUAUCGUUUAUGUUAUCUACCUUUUCAUCUUCACUGCAGCAGCUUUUCACCGUGAAACAGGGAAGGUCUUUAACAACAGCCAAUCAUUAAAGCCUCCAUAUCCUUAUAGAAAAGGUAGCGAAGGGUAUCUGCUUCUGACAGGACACAUCAUAACUACCAUUGGAGCACUUUACUUCUUUAUUAGAGGGUUAAUAGAUAUGUUAAGGAAGCGUCCAAGAUUUCAGUCUCUGGUUAUAGAUGGAUACACCGAUCAGCUUUUUUUUCUGCAGGCCGUGCUCUUCCUGGCUUGUGCUCUACUCUACUGUUUUGGUAAUGAUAAAUAUCUGGCCUGUCUAGUUUUGUGUCUUGCCUUGAGCUGGGUAAAUUUACUCUACUUCUCCAGAGGGUCCAGAAAUAUGGGAAUCUACAGUGUCAUGAUACAAAAGAUGGUUCUUGGGGAAAUUCGUCGAUUCCUUGUCGUGUACAUGGUCUUCCUCAUUGGGUUCUCUGCAGCCGUGGUAACUCUCCUUGAUGAUCGACCUAGUAAGGGACGAUCCUUGUUUACUCCUAUUGAUGGAAAUGAAAACUGUAAGAAGCCCUCAUUUCAGGGAAUCUACUUCACCACUCUGGAGUUGUUCAAGUUCACGAUUGGCAUGGGAGAUCUGGAGUUCACCGAUCAAUAUCAAUACAUAGAGGUCUUCUAUGUGCUGCUAAUUCUGUAUAUAGUGAUGACUUACAUUUUGAUGCUAAACAUGCUGAUCGCUCUGAUGAAUCAAAGAGUGGAGGAGAUGUCCGUAGAGAGCGCCAACAUCUGGAAACUACAGCGUGCAAUCACCACUUUGGACAUGGAGUGGAUUCUUCCCCGCUGUCUGAAGACAAGGCUGCGUUCCGGGAAAGAAAAGGACCUAGGCAGGGGGCAGGAGCCUGAUAUACGCUGGUGUUUUAGUGUGGAGGAAGUCAACUGGAGCCAAUGGAACAGAAACCUGGGUGUAAUUACCGAGGACCCUGGGAAAUGCCUGCCUGUACCUUGCCCAACUGGACUUCAGAGAGAGCCCAACCAGCGUGGACUCCUGCAAACGUUCAGUAAACGUUGGACACAGAGACAACAACGCCGAGAUGUACAGGAGCUGAGUCCUCUAGCUGAGGCUUCUAGCUCCGUCUGAUGCUUUUAUAAUCCGUAAUCUACUGCAAUCUGUUUUGCAGUUCCCUUUCAUUCCAAUUGAUGUAGGAAUAAUUACACAUUAUGAAUGGUUAAAACUUGACUGUGACAAAUAUUAUACACCUCAAGGGUCAUUCCUGCUAUGCAUUAUAUAUUUUUACCUGUAAUUAAAAAAAAAAAAAAAAGAUUAUGCAUGUGUUGUAAUUUAUGAAAGCAUUUAUAUAAAAUAAUAUACACCGCUAAUUAUUUUUUAAUUAGUAAAGGAUUGAGAGCUUUUUUUUGAGAUUGGAAAAUUAAGAAUAGUUGGUAAUUGUGUUCAUUCAAUGUUCGCUUAAUUGUGAUAAAACAAAAUAUGAUUAACAUUUUUAAAAUAUGGAUAUUAAAAAUUGUACGUUCAACCAUUUGUUCAUUACAUUAACACAAAAGUACCCUAAGUAGGCUAUACCUUUUUUAACAUUUAAAAAUACUCAAAACUCAAUAACAUUUCAUAUCUCUUCAGUCAUUUAAAUGUUUCUAUAUACCAGGAUACAACAACAACAACAACAACAGAAAAGGGGAGUUAAGACAUAAAAAGGUCACGUCAAAAUGUAGUCUUCUGCAUAAUGAGAAUGACCCUCUUACCUUUUGU